CAGUUCCAUUUGUCGAUUGCUUCAUCACCCCAACUAAAACCCCAAAAUCUAACCCACCAUCCCAUUCACCAAAAGCAGUGUUGGGAAUUUAUGAUGAUUUCGGAUCUCAGCUGAAGUGUUUGGUUUAGUGUUUGAGUUGGAAAUGGCAGCGAGACAAAUGGAAGAGAUACAGAGGAAGCUGGCGAUGCUGAAUUACUCCAAAGCCAAUGCGCCUGCUCGGUCUUUUCUCUUCGCCGGAAUGGAACGCUAUGCUCUUCUCGAAUGGCUGUUCUUCCGGUUGUUGGGGGACAAGUCGCCCUUAUCUCAACAGAGUCUUCAAGGGGACGCCAUGGAUCGUGACGCGACUGCUCGCAUCCAAUAUUUGGCAGAGAUUGCAAAGUUUUUGGGUAUUACUACUAUUAUAGACGCAGAAGCCAUCCAAGGACGAGGAAGCUAUGAAGAUCUCGUCUAAUUGUAGAUCUUGUGGAGUAUCAAUGAGCAGGGAGCAAGGGAC